UAGCUUCAACUCCAGCUCCAGCUCUGUUUACCUGCCACAAUGAAUAGAUCAGGGAUCUGGAUCCUCCUGCUCCUGAGUGUUGGAAGUGUUGAAGCUGCUGAUGCUAAUAUCUGUUAUGUUCUUGAUGGGAUUCUGGUGCUCUACGGCAUUGUGCUGACUGUCCUCUACUGCAGGCUGAGGAUGAAGAUUGGAGAGUUUGAGAAUAAAAUGCCUUCAAAAGGGAAAGAAGAGAGCCUUUACCAGGACCUGAGGGUUCCCACUCAGGACACCUAUGAGAAGCUCCCUAUGAAGAAGUAAUACAACCUUCAUCUGUAACCAGCCAUCCUGCCAUUUAUUAUUUUCUAAACAUCCUGGCAGGUCUUUCUCUGCAGUUAAUAAUUUAUGUUUUAAGUUUAAUAUACUAACUCAUUUUAACACUUCCUUUUUACUACUUUAUGGGUCAGUGACAAUUACGUGUUCCAAAAGGUUUUUGGGGUGGCUCAGUGUAAUAUUUUUUUGGGUCUUGACUUGUGUCAACAGACACAGUUGGCUGUGUCUGAGGGAGGGGAGGCCUUAUGGAGUAUCACUGCUGCAACAGUGACUCCUACUGUCUGUUCAGGCACAAGAAUACAGGAACAGGAGCGUGGUCCUACAUACUUGUUAAGGCUCUCUGUAAUAGUCCGCUGCUGACCAGUAAAAAGAUGCGGCUGAGGAUUUUAAAUGAGCUGAAGAAGACAAGUGUUAGUCUGCAGCCCUACUCUCCUCGAGUGGGUGUGGUGCAACCGGUGGAGGUCACCAGUCUGCACAAAGAAAUUAAGAGCAUCCAAAUUGGGAAGUUAAUUUUGGGUAAAUAUAAACAUUCAUCACCUUAAAUAGUUUUUUUUUGUCUCUGUAAGUCCUUUAUCAGGGCCAGUAAUAAUGAUAACAUUUAAAAUGAAUGUAAUGAAUGUAAAUAAGUCUUUGUAUACCACUGAAGUAAAAUAAACUCGUUAUAAA